AUGGUGGAGACCGUAGCGGACACCCGGCGGCAGAUCACCAAGCCACAGGACCUGAAUGACGCCUACGGGCCGCCCAGCAACUUCCUCGAGAUCGAUACAAAUCUUCCUAUCUUCAAGCUGAAGGAAUCUACUGUUAGAAGAAGAUACAGUGACUUUGAGUGGCUUCCAAGUGAACUAGAAAGAGAGAGCAAGGUUGUAGUUCCCCCACUCCCUGGGAAAGCAUUUUUGUGGCAGCUUCCUUUUAGAGGAGAUGAUGGAAUAUUUGCUGACAAUUUCAUCGAGGAAAGGAAGCAAGGGCUGGAACAGUUUAUAAACAAGGUCGCUGGUCAUUCUCUGGCCCAGAAUGAACAUUGUCUAAACAUUUUUUUACAGGAUGAAAUAAUAGAUAAAAGCAAUACUCCAUCUAAAAUAAGACAUGCCUGAGUUUGGAAAGAAGAGGCAAAACGAGACCAUUAAUGAUUGCUCCACACCAAUGAAGAAGCUGUAACUCACUUAGCAUGCUG